AUGGCGUUUGCCCGGCGCCCGUGCGCGGUGGCGGUGCUCGCCUGCGCCGCCGCAUUCCUCGUUGCCGCGGUCGGCAAGCCAGAGAACCCCUCCAUGUGGGACCGCGACGUGGUACCCGUCUACCUGAGCCCCGGCGCGUCGCCCUACUGGGUGAGCUGCUACGACCGCAGCAACCCGGAGCAGGACACCCUGCCCCCGGCGUGCACGCUCCAGGCGCGCCAGUGCCCCCGCGACUGCCGCGACCUCUGCUACCUGGACUGCCUCACCUGCAAGCUCGUCUGCAUAUGUGAUCUGAGCGGCACAGAGUGCCACGACCCGCGGUUCGUCGGCGGCGACGGCAACAAGUUCCUCUUCCACGGCCGCAGGGACGCUGACUUCUGCCUCCUCUCCGACUCCAACCUCCACAUCAACGCGCACUUCAUCGGCAAGCGCAACGAGCGGGGGACACGGGACUUCACCUGGGUGCAGGCCCUCGGCAUCCGCUUCGGAGGCCACCGCCUCUACCUCGGCGUCAAGCGGACCGUCACCUGGAACAGCGCCGUCGACCGCCUCGCCAUCGCCUUCGACGGCGUGCCCGUCGAGCUCGACGCAGCACCGGCCGCCAGCUGGAGCCCGGCCUCCGCGCCCGCUCUCUCCGUCUUCCGCACCGGCGCGGCAAACGGCGUUGUGGUGCGCCUCGACGGGCGGUUCCGGAUCGUCGCCAACGCGGUACCGGUCACCGAGGAGGACUCGAGGGUCCACGGCUACGGCCUCACCGCCGACGACAGCCUCGCGCACCUCAACGUCGCCUUCAAGUUCCACUCCAUCAGCGCCGACGUGCACGGCGUGCUCGGCCAGACCUACCGCUCCGACUACGUCAGCGCCGGGGUCGACAUGGGCGCCAAGAUCCCGGUGAUGGGAGGCGCCGGGAAGUACCAGGUUUCCAACAUCUUCGGGACGGACUGCGAGGUGGCGCGCUUCGCCGGCGAGGAUGCCGGAGAGGUGGGCCUGAUCCAGGAGCCGGCCGACACCAUGUGCGGCAGCGGCAAGGGCAGCGCCGGGCUGGUCUGCAAGAAGUGA